AUGGCCCCUGUUAUGACCACCGUGAAAACCAACCUCACCGACGCUAAAACCGCCGUGGGUGGUGGCCGUGCUUACGUCACUUUCCUCGCCGGAAACGGUGACUAUGUGAAAGGUGUGGUUGGCUUGGCCAAAGGUCUGAGGAAGGUGAAGAGCAUGUACCCUCUGGUGGUUGCAGUGUUGCCCGAUGUUCCCCAAGAGCAUCGUGACAUUCUCAUCUCCCAAGGCUGCAUUGUUAGAGAGAUUGAACCCGUGUACCCUCCAGAGAACCAAACCCAGUUUGCCAUGGCAUAUUACGUCAUCAACUACUCCAAGCUACGUAUUUGGGAGUUUGUGGAGUACAGUAAGAUGAUUUACCUAGACGGUGAUAUCCAAGUUUUUGACAACAUUGAUCACUUGUUUGACUUGCCUGAUAAUUACUUCUACGCGGUGAUGGACUGUUUCUGUGAGCACACUUGGGCCCAUACUCCGCAGUUUGAGAUCGGUUACUGCCAGCAGUGCCCUGAAAAGGUUCAGUGGCCCACUAACAUUGGGCCUAAGCCUCCUCUCUAUUUCAAUGCUGGGAUGUUUGUUUACGAGCCCAAUCUUGCUACCUACCGUGACCUUCUGCAAACAGUCAAAGUCACCAAGCCCACUUCCUUUGCUGAACAAGAUUUUUUGAACAUGUACUUCAAGGAUAAAUACAGGCCAAUUCCUAAUGUGUACAAUCUUGUGCUGGCUAUGUUAUGGCGUCAUCCUGAGAAUGUUGAGCUUGAAAAAGUUAAAGUGGUUCACUACUGUGCUACGGGAUCUAAGCCAUGGAGGUACAGUGGGAAGGAGGAGAAUAUGGAGAGAGAAGAUAUAAAGAUGUUGGUGAAGAAGUGGUGGGAGAUAUACGAGGACGAGAGUUUGGAUUAUAACAAUUCCCUGAACGUGGAAAGGUUCACUGCUGCGCUUUUGGAGGCUGGUGGAGUCAAUUUCAUUCCUGCUCCAUCUGCUGCUUAG